UGACCCAGGGAUCGAACCCGAGUGUCCUGCAUUGCACGUAGAUGCUUUACUGUCUGAGCCAGCAGGGAAGCCCUGACCUAGACGAGGAGAACCCGAGCUCCAGGAGCCGCACACGGGGACACCUGGUGCCGGGGUGGCUCUCAGCAGCGGGUUGGGCCCUCAGGCGCUUCCAGCGGAAUUGAGAGCCCAAGGCCCCAGAGCCACGUGGCCAAGCAGGGAGGCACAAAGCCCGGCGGGCACUAGGACCCUGCGCGGCGCCGCGGCCGGCGGGGGGCGGCCGGCGGGGAGGGGGAAUCCGCUCCUUCUGCCUCCCGGAGCCGGGUUGCGGCCACUUGUGCGAUCCGGGCCGGUUCCGCAGUCGCCCGGCCCCUCUCCGCACCAUGAGCCGCAGGUUCACCGUCACGUCGCUGCCCCCGGCGGGGCCCGCCGGGCCCUCUGACCCGGGGCCCCACGGGCCUUCAGCCGCAGACCGCCACCGCCGCCUCUCGGGAGGAGACGCCAAAGGGGAUGGCAACCCCAAGGAGAGCAGCCCUUUCAUCAACAGCACCGACACAGAGAAGGGGAAGGAGUACGAUGGCAAGAACAUGGCCCUGUUUGAGGAGGAGAUGGACACCAGCCCCAUGGUGUCCUCCCUGCUUAGUGGUCUGGCCAACUACACCAACCUGCCCCAGGGAAGCAGGGAGCACGAGGAGGCAGAAAACAACGAGGGUGGAAAAAAGAAGCCGGUGCAGGCCCCCCGCAUGGGCACCUUCAUGGGCGUGUACCUGCCGUGCCUGCAGAACAUCUUUGGGGUCAUCCUCUUCCUGCGGCUCACAUGGGUGGUGGGCAUCGCGGGCAUCAUAGAGGCCUUCUGCAUGGUCUUCAUCUGCUGCUCCUGUACGAUGCUCACGGCCAUUUCCAUGAGUGCAAUUGCAACCAAUGGUGUUGUGCCUGCUGGUGGCUCCUACUACAUGAUUUCCAGGUCUCUGGGUCCAGAGUUUGGGGGCGCUGUGGGCCUCUGCUUCUACCUGGGCACUACUUUUGCUGGGGCCAUGUACAUCCUGGGCACCAUCGAAAUCCUGCUGGCUUAUCUCUUCCCAGCCAUGGCCAUUUUUAAGGCAGAAGAUGCCAGCGGGGAGGCGGCAGCCAUGCUGAACAAUAUGCGUGUGUAUGGCACCUGUGUGCUCACCUGCAUGGCCACGGUGGUGUUUGUGGGCGUCAAGUACGUCAACAAGUUUGCCCUUGUCUUCCUGGGUUGUGUCAUCCUCUCCAUCCUGGCCAUCUAUGCUGGGGUCAUCAAGUCUGCCUUCGACCCACCCAACUUCCCGAUCUGCCUCCUGGGGAACCGCACACUGUCUCGCCAUGGCUUUGAUGUCUGUGCCAAGCUGGCGUGGGAAGGAAAUGAGACAGUGACCACACGGCUCUGGGGCCUUUUCUGCUCCUCCCGAUUCCUCAAUGCCACCUGUGAUGAGUACUUCAUGCGAAACAAUGUCACAGAGAUCCAGGGCAUUCCUGGUGCUGCCAGUGGCCUCAUCAAAGAGAAUCUAUGGAGCUCCUACCUGACCAAGGGGGUGAUUGUGGAAAGGCGUGGGAUGCCCUCGGCGGGCCUGGCAGAUGGUACCCCCAUUGACAUGGACCAUCCCUAUGUCUUCAGCGAUAUGACCUCCUACUUCACCCUGCUGGUUGGCAUCUACUUCCCCUCAGUCACAGGGAUCAUGGCUGGUUCUAACCGCUCUGGGGACCUGCGGGAUGCCCAGAAGUCGAUUCCCACUGGCACUAUCCUGGCCAUUGCCACCACCUCCGCUGUCUACAUCAGCUCCGUUGUCCUGUUUGGGGCCUGCAUCGAGGGGGUCGUCCUUCGGGACAAGUUUGGCGAAGCUGUGAACGGCAAUCUGGUGGUGGGCACCCUGGCCUGGCCGUCUCCCUGGGUUAUCGUCAUCGGAUCCUUCUUCUCUACCUGCGGGGCUGGGCUGCAGAGCCUCACGGGGGCCCCUCGCCUGCUGCAGGCCAUCUCCCGCGAUGGCAUAGUGCCCUUCCUCCAGGUUUUUGGCCAUGGCAAAGCCAACGGAGAGCCAACGUGGGCCCUGCUCCUCACCGCCUGCAUCUGCGAGAUUGGCAUCCUCAUCGCAUCCCUGGACGAGGUCGCCCCCAUCCUCUCUAUGUUCUUCCUCAUGUGCUACAUGUUUGUGAACCUGGCCUGCGCGGUACAGACGCUGCUGAGGACGCCCAACUGGCGGCCACGCUUUCGAUAUUACCACUGGACACUCUCCUUCCUGGGCAUGAGCCUCUGCCUGGCCCUCAUGUUCAUCUGCUCCUGGUACUACGCCCUGGUGGCCAUGCUUAUUGCUGGGCUCAUCUACAAGUAUAUCGAGUACCGCGGGGCAGAGAAGGAAUGGGGCGAUGGGAUCCGAGGCCUGUCUCUUAGCGCUGCUCGCUAUGCCCUGCUGCGCCUGGAAGAAGGGCCCCCGCACACCAAGAACUGGAGGCCACAGCUGCUGGUGCUGGUACGUGUGGACCAAGACCAGAAUGUGGUCCAUCCACAGCUGCUCUCGUUGACCUCCCAGCUCAAGGCAGGGAAGGGCCUGACCAUUGUGGGCUCUGUCCUUGAGGGCACCUUUCUGGAUAACCAUCCCCAGGCCCAGCGGGCAGAGGAGUCCAUCCGGCGCCUGAUGGAGGCAGAGAAAGUGAAAGGCUUCUGCCAGGUGGUGAUUUCUUCCAACCUGCGAGAUGGCGUGUCCCACCUGAUUCAGUCCGGGGGCCUCGGGGGGCUGCAGCACAACACUGUGCUCGUUGGCUGGCCCCGCAACUGGCGACAGAAGGAAGAUCAUCAGACGUGGAGGAACUUCAUUGAGCUGGUCCGGGAAACCACGGCUGGCCACCUGGCCCUGCUGGUCACCAAGAAUGUCUCCAUGUUUCCCGGGAACCCCGAGCGCUUCUCUGAAGGCAGCAUCGACGUCUGGUGGAUUGUGCACGAUGGCGGCAUGCUCAUGCUGCUGCCCUUCCUGCUGCGGCACCACAAGGUUUGGCGGAAGUGCAAGAUGCGAAUCUUCACCGUGGCCCAGAUGGACGACAAUAGCAUCCAGAUGAAGAAGGACUUGACCACAUUUCUGUACCACUUACGUAUCACCGCAGAGGUUGAGGUGGUGGAGAUGCAUGAGAGCGACAUCUCCGCUUACACCUACGAGAAGACCUUGGUGAUGGAGCAGCGUUCCCAGAUCCUCAAACAAAUGCAUUUAACCAAGAAUGAGCGGGAACGGGAGAUCCAGAGUAUCACAGAUGAGUCUCGUGGCUCAAUCCGGAGAAAGAAUCCAGCCAACACCCGGCUCCGUCUCAACGUCCCAGAAGAGACGGCUGGUGACAGUGAGGAGAAGCCGGAAGAGGAGGUGCAGCUGAUCCAUGACCAGAGUGCUCCCAGCUGCCCUAGCAGCUCACCGUCUCCGGGGGAGGAGCCCGAGGUGGAGGGCGAGGCAGAUCCAGAAAAAGUGCAUCUCACCUGGACCAAGGACAAGUCGGUGGCAGAGAAGAACAAGGGCCCCAGUCCUGUCUCCUCAGAGGGCAUCAAGGACUUCUUCAGCAUGAAGCCGGAGUGGGAGAACUUGAACCAAUCCAACGUGCGGCGCAUGCACACCGCCGUGCGGCUGAACGAGGUCAUUGUCAAGAAAUCCCAGGAUGCCAAGCUUGUUUUGCUCAACAUGCCUGGGCCUCCCCGCAACCGCAACGGUGACGAAAACUACAUGGAAUUCCUCGAGGUUCUCACCGAGCGCCUGGACCGGGUGAUGCUGGUCCGCGGCGGCGGCCGCGAGGUCAUCACCAUCUACUCCUGAGAGCCAGGAUCAAACACCUGGGCCCGAGCGCGUCCGGCCCGCGGCCCCGGAGCCCUCGCUGCGCCCCCCGCCGCUGUCACCGUUUACAUACAGACCCUGUGCCCGCGCCCUGGCCCCCUUUCCCCGCUGCCUGAAGCCCGGAGGCCACGUCGGCUGGGGCGGACCCGGAGAAGACCUCCCCUCCCGGAGACCAGAGUCCCGUUGGCGCGUCGGCCCCGGCCGCCCUUUUUCUAAGCCCGGCCUCGCCCCGCCGGAGGAGACGCUGCAAUAAAGAUCGGAGGAGGCUGCGGAGAGGAGCGGACCUGGGGCUUCGAGGACCCCCGGUCGUCCGCCCGGCCCCUUCCCUCUCUUCCCGCGCCCCGCCCCGCCCGCACUCUGCGCCCCUCCCCCGGCGGCCCGGAGCGCGCGGGGUGGCGGGGAUGCGCCCCGCAGUCUGCGUUCUACUUCCUCGCGAGGUCGCGGGCGCGAGCCGGCCGAGCGUAUACAUAGUGUACAGGAGACAUCGCGUGUAUUUUUAACGUCCCCAUAUUUCUGUGACUUAGAAGCGCAACGGACUUCUCGCCGCAGUCGCGCUUUCCCGCUGGGGGCGCGCCCAGGGAAGGCGGAGGCCUCGGAGGCUGGGUUUUCCUUGAAGUCCGAGCGUUUGAGAGCAAACGUGCUUUUAGGCCCAGGCGGGACUCGUGGUCCCUCGACCACCCACCCCCUCCACGCCUCCUUACCUUUUCCGCGCGCCCUUGGCUUCCGACCCUUCUUCCCUCUAGAUCUUUUCGGAGACGAA